AUGACCCUCCAAUUUCCACGAGCCCUUUCCAGGGCCGUUAUUCAGCCUUUCAGAACCCCCCUUGCACCCUUCCUAGCUGCCGCUACUAGAUCGUUCACGACCCAGUUCUCACCCCAGACCUACGCACCCGACGCGCAGUACAGUUCAGAGCAUGUCUCAAAGCUCCUCAAAACCUCCAUCCUCCCCGAGUUCUCCGAGCAGGAGGCCAAAGCCCGCAUUGAACUAGCGGCCACCUAUCGCCUUUUCGGACUGAAGGGCUGGAACGAAAACAUCUACGGCCAUCUAACAGCCAAGGUCCACGAAAAGGACGGCUCCGAGUCCUUCCUCAUCAACCCGUUUGGCCUUCUGUACAGCGAAGUCACCGCAAGCAGUCUCAUCAAAGUCGGCGCCGACGGCUCGGUCAAGCAUCCCGGUGUCACCGACGGCCUGUUCGGGAUCAAUGACGCCGGCUUUGUGAUCCACAGCGCCAUCCACCGCGCCCGACCGGACCUCCAGAGUGUAAUGCACUGCCAUUACCCCUCCGCAGCCGGUGUCUCGUCGCUAAAGCAGGGCUUCCUCGAGCUGGCCCAGACAAGCCAUCAGGUGGGCCCGAUCGCGUACCAUGACUACCAGGGCGUGGUCGUCGACCGCAACGAGCAGAAGAGUCUAGCGGAGGACAUGGGUGACAAGAACAUCAUGUUCCUGCGCAACCACGGCAUUAUUACCGCGGGAUCCUCUAUUGGGGCGGCAUGGUAUCUCAUGUAUCAGGUCCUUGCGGCGACCGACAUCCAAUCUCAUGCUUCCGCCUGUGCGUUGGGAGAUGCGGGGAAUCUCAACAUGCCCAGUGACCAGACGGUCAAUAAGACGUAUGAGGUGAUGCAUAAGAAGGGUUUCUCCGGGGCUGCGUAUGGCCUCAAGGAGCUGUCUGCUUAUAUGCGGCUGCUAGAUAAGACUGAUGCCUCCUACCGGAUUUAA